UAAUACAUUGUUGUAUUGGAUAAGAGAAUUAAAAAAAAAUGUAAAUAUUAUAGUUGGUAUGUUUGCCGAACGACCUUCCCUUUCCAUCACCCGAGCGGACCAGGCAAGAUGGCUCCUAGAUAUGAAAUGGCCGUGGGCCUUAAUAAAGGCCACAAAGUCACCAAAAACACGCGCAAGCCCAAGCCCAGCUCACGCAAGGGGAAAAAUACCAAACACAACAAGUUUGUGAGGGACCUGGUGCGAGAAGUCAUGGGCUUUGCUCCUUAUGAAAAACGUACCAUUGAAUUGUUGAAGGUUUCCAAGGACAAGAGGGCUCUCAAGUUCCUCAAGAAGCGACUUGGCACCCACAUCCGUGCCAAGAGGAAGCGUGAGGAAAUGCAGCGUGUCAUGGGUCAACAGAGGAAGGCUGCAGCUGCUGCUGCUGCUGCCGCUGCUGCUGCUGCCGCAGGACACAAGUAAAAUAUUGUAUAAUUAAAAGAAAAAAAGCCAA